AUGUCUGACAAACUCACUCGGUAUGCUCCGCCCGCGACGACAACAUGCUCGCCCUACCACCCCUUCAUUCAUAUCCUCAAUGUGGCCAUCGUCAAUAGCGACAAGCUUCAAGCUUCAUCGUCUCCCCACCCCCGUCCUGGCAAUGUUCUUGGCCUCGUCGGAACCAAUGGUAUCGGCAAGAGUACUGCCCUCAAGAUUCUCAGCGGAAAGUUGAAGCCGAACCUUGGCCGUUUCGACAACCCACCUGACUGGGAGGACGUCAUCAAGUAUUUCCGUGGCUCCGAGCUCCAGAACUACUUCACCAAGCUUCUCGAAGAUGACCUUCGUGCCAUUGUCAAGCCCCAAUAUGUCGACCAGAUUCCCAAGUCCAUCCGUGGCCCUAACAAGACCGUCCGGUCGCUUAUUGCCUCUCGCGCGACCCUUGGCAACACGCAGGAAGUCCUCGACACUCUUGAGCUUAACCAUAUCAUGGACCGUGAAGUUCAGCUGCUAUCUGGUGGUGAACUCCAGCGAUUCGCCAUCGGUACCGUCUGUGUACAGAAUGCUGACGUUUACAUGUUUGACGAGCCGUCUUCCUACCUUGAUGUUAAGCAGCGAUUGAGCGCUGCGCGCAUCAUCCGCUCACUCCUCCGCCCCGACGACUACGUCAUUGUUGUCGAGCACGAUUUGUCCGUCCUUGACUACCUCUCCGACUACGUUUGCGUGCUUUACGGCCAGCCUGCUGUCUAUGGUGUUGUGACCCUGCCUCAUUCCGUCCGUGAAGGCAUCAACAUCUUCCUCGAUGGCCACAUCCCCACCGAGAACCUUCGUUUCCGCGACGAGUCCCUUACCUUCCGCAUCUCUGAGGGAACUGAAGAUGUCUAUGCCGACAAGUCUCGCUCUUUCAAGUACCCCGCCAUGGAGAAGACCCUUGGAAACUUCAAGCUGAAGAUCGACUCCGGUAACUUUACUGAUUCCGAGAUCAUCGUUAUGAUGGGCGAGAACGGUACCGGCAAGACCACCUUCUGUCGUCUUUUGGCAGGCGCGCUUAAGCCUGAUAGCCAGAAGGCCGUUCCCGAGAUGUCCAUCAGCAUGAAACCCCAGACCAUCACCCCCAAGUUCGACGGCACUGUCCGCCAGCUCUUCUUCAAGAAGAUUAGGGCCAUGUUCCUGUCGCCCCAGUUCCAGACCGAUGUCGUCAAGCCGCUCAAACUCGAUGACUUUAUUGACCAGGAAGUCAAGAAUCUGUCUGGCGGUGAAUUGCAGCGUGUUGCCAUUGUCCUUGCCCUCGGAAUGCCUGCCGAUAUCUAUCUCAUCGAUGAGCCCUCUGCCUAUCUCGACUCCGAGCAGCGUAUCAUUGCUUCUCGCGUCAUCAAGCGCUUCAUCAUGCACGCUAAGAAGACGGCCUUCAUUGUCGAGCACGAUUUCAUCAUGGCCACCUACCUUGCCGACCGAGUCAUUGUCUUUGACGGCCAGCCCGGUAUCGACUCCCAUGCCAACAAGCCCGAAUCGCUGUUGACUGGCUGCAACACUUUCCUCAAGAACCUCGACGUCACUUUCCGUCGCGAUCCCGGCAAUUACCGCCCCCGCAUCAACAAGAACGGUUCUCAGCUCGAUCAGGAGCAGAAGAGUGGCGGCAACUUCUUCUUCAUGGAUGACGGCCCCAAACGAAGUUAA